CUGCCUGUGAAGUUAUCGGCGUUAUAGCGAGACGAUCUCGUGAGAGAUAUAAAGUAGAUAGUACGAAGUUGGAAGUUUAUAUCAUUUUCACAUUAUACAGUCUGUUAGUGUCGGAACGUGAAAUGCUGUCAGACGUGGGGAUAAUGUGAAACAGUGGUUAGAUUCAGUGGCUACUACAAAAUACUAUGUUCGAUUUAUAUUAAGUGUUUCUCGUGUUGCGUGGGAUGUGAUUAUGUCGGUGUUCGUCACGGUGUAGCACUUCAGAGAUUAGACUGUAGACCUCGGAGAUUGAUGAAGAUAAUUGUGUGGUUACGUCACAAUGAUGGAACUGCGUUAUAAGCCGUCCGCAAUUUGUGACAUCAGUGUGAAAUAUGGCGUUUUGUACUUGUGUUUUAAUCUGCUUGUGAGUGGUUUUAUGUAUUUGUAAGAGAACUGAUCUUGUGGAAGACAGCUGGAAGACGGGCAGACCAAUGCUACAACAGCCACCAUGGAAUAAAUACCCGUGCUUCUACUUAUUAUGUGGUCACAGAAAAAAGUUUAUCAUGUAACUCCAAGCAGAACCAAGACGCCAGUGUCGCUAUGCAGUCUGGGCGUGGGUGCGACUUUCGGCGAGUCGAUCCUUCAAGACUUACCUCGCGACAGCACCGUGGUCACUCGGUCCACGUGCGAGCUGCUCAGGGUAGAACAGCAGGACUUCAAACUCAUCUGGGAGAAACACAAAGAGUUUAUGGGAGACAUUGUUGCCAACAGCAAACUCAAGAAUGGUUUUGGACCAGCUGUGUUGGCCAAGUCCCCAUCCCCUCCGCCGCGAUCUCCGCCCCCGUCUUCAUCAAGGCGACCCCAAAGUCCAGACAACCCCAGCCCCUGCGGGCCCAUUACAGAGUCUCCAAGCCCUCAGAUGGCAGUGAUUGGACAGACACUACGCACACUGUUGCUGGCACAUUGCUCACCUCCGGUGCUCAGAGAUCACAAAUCUUCAAACCGCAUGUAUCGGCACAGUGCGUCUGGUACUGAGCUUGUCGACUGGAUUAUGACUCUUAGUCCGAGCAUCCACACCAGACACCAAGCAGCUGGCAUGUGGCAGGCAUUAUUGGAGGAAGGAGUAAUAUCUCAUGUAACAGGUGAACAUCCGUUCAGGGACAAGGCACUGCUGUACAGGUUCUGGCAGGAUGAAGAAGGUGCAACAGGCUUACCUUCUCAAGAUGAGCUGGUUUGGGCUGAAGAUCAGUUGAAUGCAAGCCUGAACACACUUACACAGAAAGGACCAGAUGCUAUCAUGAGGAUGAUACUACGCAAACCAUCACAUGAGAGAACUGUGGAUGACCUGGAGAUAAUUUAUGAAGAGUUGCUGCAUAUUAAAGCCCUAUCCCACCUCUCCAACUCUGUCAAACGAGAGCUUGCCGCUGUUAUAGUCUUUGAGGCACAUCCACAUGCUGGAACUGUGUUAUUUAACCAAGGUGAUGAAGGUCGUUCAUGGUACAUUAUUCUGCGUGGCUCAGUGGAUGUUGUGAUACAUGGAAAGGGAACAGUAACCACACUGCAAGAAGGAGAUGAUUUUGGGAAACUUGCUCUCAUCAAUGAUGCUCCUAGGGCAGCAACCAUAGUUCUGAGGGAGAAUAAUUGUCACUUCUUGCGUGUGGAUAAAGAAAACUUUAAUCGCAUCUUGAGGGAUGUUGAAGCCAACACAGUUCGGCUCAAGGAACAUGGCCAGGAUGUUCUUGUGCUGGAGAAAAUAUCGCCAACUCACAGUGUUGCAUAUUCUCACUUCAAGUACACUGUGAUGGCUGGAACACCACAGAAAAUGCUGGAGCAUCUUCUGGAAACACGGUUAGAUGGGCGUGGAGGAAGUGGUAGUGUGGGUGGUCAGGAUAGCCUCCCCUCAUCUAGUGACCCCUUCCUUGAGGACUUCCUGCUUACUCAUAUUGUGUUCAUGCCAACUCACCAGCUGGUCACAGAGCUUGCCAGACAUUACCGUAUUGAUUCUCCAAGCCAAGAUCGUGAGUUUCUAUUGGCCUGUAAGAGACGUGUGGUACAAUUUGUGCAUUGCUGGGUUAUUACAAUUCGACAUCCUGUGUUUGAUGACACCAAUUCACUUGCUUUUCUGGAGGAGCUAGCAACUGAGUUGGAGGCAGACUGCAUACAGUGGAGCUCUCUGCAGGAGGAAGCCAGUCUCAUGCAUCAUGUCAUGUCCCAACUCCAUCGAUAUCAGGAUGAACGUGCCCUCAGUGCUGGGCAAAAAUGGAAGUUGCCGCCAUGUGGACAACCCAUCAGCUUGUUCAGUGGUUCCAGUGAGAGCCGAACAGUUAUAAGAGCUACAGAUGAUAUAAUAUUCCGAGUGUACUGUGCAGACCACACGUACUGCACUCUGAGGUUUAAUGUGAAUGCCACGGCAGAAACCAUCAAAGUUUCUGCAGCUGACAAGCUGAAGCUACGACAUGAUGACUUAGUGCUAGUGGAAGUAAAGUCUUCUGGUGAACGAGUUGUCUUCCGAGAUUCAGAUGUCAGUAUCCCAACAGGUCUCAGUCUUAAUGGGCGCAUCUUUGUCUCACCUAAAGACCAUCUUGAUGCUCUGACAUGUCUAGCAGAACAAGAGGGGCCAACAGAGGGCAUGGAUGUCGACUUGGAACUAUUCAGUACAAAGGAGGUAGCAUAUCACAUGACACAGUUUGACUGGGAUCUCUUUUGGUCUGUUCAUGAGUAUGAGUUGAUCUACCACACAUUUGGGCGCCACCACUUUGGGCAGAUUACAGCAAAUUUGGAUGUGUUCCUACGUCGCUUCAAUGAAAUACAAUUUUGGGUUGUGACAGAGCUGUGUCUUACACCCAGUCUCAGCAAACGUGUGCAGAUUCUGAGGAAGUUCAUCAAAUUAGCUGCCUACUGCAAGGAAUAUCAGAACCUGAAUGCAUUCUUUGCCAUUGUCAUGGGGCUGAGUAAUGUAGCUGUGAGUCGUCUUUCCCUUACAUGGGAGAAACUCCCUUCAAAGUUCCGCAAACUGUACACAGAGUUUGAAAGCCUCAUUGACCCAAGCCGGAACCACCGAGCAUAUAGGAUCAGUGUUGGCAAACUGCAGCCUCCUGUUGUUCCAUUCAUGCCACUCUUGCUCAAAGACAUGACAUUUACACAUGAGGGAAAUAAGACCUGCCUAGAUGGGUUGGUCAACUUUGAAAAGAUGCACAUGCUGGCCCAGACCAUGCGUACCAUCCGUUACUGUCGAAGCAGGCAUCUAUUGCUUGAACCACCAUCUCCAAAGAGUGAAGCAGAAGUGAGGUCUUACAUCAGCUGUCUCCGCAUUAUCGACAAUCAGCGUGUGCUUACAAGUCUGUCGCAGAAGCUGGAGCCACGAAGGUCAUAGUAAAACUGUCAUUAUCAUUAUUAUGACAAUCUAGUCAUUUCAUUACCCAACAAGUGAAAGUCAGAAGAAGAAAAGUGGAGGACCUAUUUAAAAUGCAUACUAAACCCAGUGUCACAUUUCCAAACAUUAGGGAUAGGAAACAAACUUAAUUUAUAUUAUGAUCUGAGGGUUUUUGCUAAGUAGGGAGAUUAAAAUGAGUAAAAUAUCAAAAAAUGAUCUAUGUUGUCUAACUACCCAUCAUUCUACCAACUGAUUUGGUCACAAGGAACUAGCCAUAACAAAAUUAUUUUUUUUAGUUUCCAUUCUUAUUCUUUCAUCUCAUACAUGAAGUUCAGUCUUUUUUUCUAGACCUUUCUCCUUUCACUGGUGUAACUUGAGUAUUUUAUUCCAUACAUACCAUGAGUUUCUAGCUUUAGUAGUCUUUGUCAGUUUGAAUAAGUUAACAUGUGUUUGGUUUCAUCACAAAAUUGGUGUUUGUCAGUGUGUAUAUUUUGUGAUUGUUUUAAACAUAUGUGCAUUAUUUCCCAUUCUGCUGCCAAAUAAGUGAUUGCGCACUUAGGUUUUGCUCUUUUAAAAACCACACAUUAUUAAUAAAGAACUGACAUUCCAAAUUAUGUGUAUGUAAUACAGUGUUUUUGUCACCUACACUACGCAACAGUUACUAAAUAUGAUAUGACACUAUUUGGUUAACAGCAACAUGUUUUGACAUUGAUCUAUCUUAUCAGGCUAUUGGUUUAUGUGCAACUUGAACACUGAAUUGAGCACAAUUUUCAAGUCAGCAAAGUUUAGUUGCCAUGAAAAUUUACUACAAGAAUUGAAAAGCAAGUUAGUUUAGGGUCCAAUAUGAAUAACACCCUUCAUAAAUUAACACUCCCGCUCUCUCCUCCUAACCGAGCAGAGAUGAACUCAAAAAUGAAAGAUACAAAGCCUUAUUAUAACUGGCCAGCAGUAAGGUCCAUGUAUGGACAGCUGGGUUAUGUAGUGCUGAAAACAGUGACAGAUAUCUAUAAAAUGUUUCUUAUAACAUGAAGUGACAAAAAGUAACAGCGUAAUGAAUGAGAUAAUAUUGAACAGUUUCUUAUUAUUCCUGAUUAUGUGACAUUUCAUUUGGCUGAAGGUUUCAAUGUGACAUAUGUGUAAAUGAACAUGUAUUAUGGUGCUUAAACUAAAAAAGGCAGUUAUUUCUGUAAGUAUUUAUUGUCUCUCUUAGUCAAGUCAAAAAGGUAUUUCUGUGUUAAAGUAUAAAUACAAAAUUCUUCAGUUUGGAGGUUGCAUGAUGGUCAUUUCAUAAAUUCCUAUUUUUAUAUACAAAGUUCUUUCUUAAAAUAUUUUGUGCCUUGUUAUUCUCCAGCUUUACCUAGCAAGCACACAGAUUUGAACACUUAAGCUUUUAAGCAAGCAAGCAAUUACAACCAGUAAAUGUGUAUCUUUCACUUCUUGGGUUUAUUGUAUUAAAAACACUCCAAUAAAAGAAUAUGACAGUCCAUUGAAAGACUGGUGUUAUAUACAAUAUUAGUUUGGAAUAGUGUAAGAUAUGGUACCAAGAUUUGUAGAUGGGGUCAGAAGAUAGAGGGAGCUCUUAGAAUUCAAAAUGGGCCACAUCAGUUUAUUCUCAAGUGUGAUGAUGAGGUAUUGAACACUGAUUCUUAUUUGGAAAGAAGUUGGACAAUUGGAAAUUAUUUCUGCUUUAGAGCUUAUAUAAAACAUAGCAUUGCUGUAUUACAUGAUUAAACAAACCUUCCUUUCAGCUAAAUGAGAUGUCACCAUAGGACUGUUCAAGUGAUGACAUGUGAAAUAAGACUGUGAUGUCAAUUAAGGGGUUUAUUGAGCAGUAUGCAAUAAUAAUCGUUUUACAAAUGUAAUGUAAAAUACCAUAUCCAACCCACAUACCAGGUUGUCACUUUGUACAUAUUGGUAUAAGUAUUGAUGCCAAUUUUUCAAAUGUAUUUGAUACGAUAAUGGUAGAGAGCAGAUCAGAAAAUAAUAUGGAUGUUCACAUUACUUAGGGAAUGUGGAACAGUUACUAUAUUGCUUAUAUAUGUGAAAGUAGGAAGGUCUUGCAAGUAUAGCCAAAACACCACUAUAUUAUUCAUAAAAUUUGUGAUAGUGUUACAAAAAUAUAGGAAAGCCUUUCGAUAACUGUACCUUAGAAUUAAAGAAACUUGCCAAGUCAUUUAUUUGACUGAAUUGAAUAAUUACUUUGUAUACAUAAUGUAUGCAAACAUUUUUAUCAAUACUGUGUUAAUAUGAAUUUGUAUUACAUGGCAAUCUUAAUGUGGGUUGUUAUGGAACACCAUUUUAAUGUUUUUGAACUCAUUUUUGGCCUAUAAGCCCUCUUAAUGUGGGAUUGUUGGAUAAGACAAUCAUCUGUUUUCUUGCAAAUGAGUGAAAAUUCCAUUUAAACUGUACAAUCAUAUUGGUUGCACUACAUGUCAUUUUACUAUAACCACAAAGAAAUUGUAUUUAUUAAGACUUAACAAACAUCUGGAUUUAAUUGUUUUAGAAUGUCAGCAUUCUGAUAAAAUCUGUCAACAUGGGAAAUAGAAUCUUCUGUAGUAUAAUUGCAAUAGGAAGUCCAAAACAGACAGUAUAAUUUGUUUGAAAGAGGGAAUCAUGUCAGUAUUAACUCUGCAAAAUGUUUACAGUUUUUAUGGAAAUCAGAUGGUUUCAGAUUAUUACGACUUGAAAUGCUAGAACCCUCACUCUUCUUCAUAAUACCUGUUUGCCUUUCUGUGCUGUCUAAUAACUUCUGAAGUGAUGGGAGGGUGGAGAAAACUGCAUAAUGAGGAGUUCUAUAGUUUUUAAUUUUCACAUAUUAUUUUUAGGGUGAUGGAAUCAUUGAGAAUAAGAUCAAUGUGGCAUGUAGCACAUAUGGAGGAGUUUUUGAUAACAUAAAAUUUACUGAAGUUUGUUUUGUGUGACCAAUGUGAUUGUUCAGUUGUAGUAUGGCCAUCAUGUCUGUGAAGAGUGACAAUGUUGAGCCCUAGAGCUUAUUUGCUUUACAUCACUUUCUAAUUUGUGUGUGCAUCCACUUUUCUCUAUGUCUCUGCAACUAUCUCUCAGUCACUUUAUGUAUUGUUAUAAUUCCCAGAUCUUUCUACACUGUUUAUCAAUGUAGCUUCCAGUCAUGACAUAAAUAUAUUAAGAAUGGGUCCAUUG